CUCGAUUUCGUCAGAUCUCAUCUCCGUCUCUUGCGUUAAUUAUGCAAUGCUUCGUGGCUUUGGCAAUGUCACAAUUGAGUGGACGAACACAAUCACGCACCAUCUUCUCUUUGUCCCAACGACGAGGAAGCUCUAUCUAUUUCGUCUGCCAACAAUCUGUGCGGUGGGCUGUCUUUCGGAUGAAGGCAAGAGUCCCAUUCUCGAUCAGGUCAUGCGCGAUUAUUUUGAGCCACUGGAGACGGCGACUAAUAUCUGGCCACGCUUCAAGCAAGAGAUCAUCCUCUCUUACAGGAUCCUCUUCGGGCAGGACAAGGCGUCCCGGAAGCUCUAUCUCAAGGAUGUGAAACCCACCCUCGGGGACAACUCGGACCCGCUCAUGGACAUUUUAUCCACCAAAACAACAGGCAGCGCUCAGAUCCAAAACCUCCCGGGCGAGCUGUGGCCACGAGCCUGCAGGAACCGCGAGGAUAAGUUGAGAAAGCAAGGUGAAUACAGCAUCUCGGACGACCUUCCCAUGCUCGGACCCCGACUCCUGGUUCUUCAGGAACUCAAUCAGCGGCAGAGGCCGCGGACCCUGUGGACAUUUUGGAGGGACACUAGAGACAAGCCGAAAUGGUACACGUUUUGGCUGGUUCUCAUCGCUGGAGCUAUUGCGAUAGUUUUGUCUCUUGCGCAACUUGGCGUGUCGGUUGCUCAAUUAGUUGCAACUCCUUCUUGAUCUUAUCAAUUCGUAGCUAUUCAAGAUAUGAAUAGGUUGGCAAUAGCAUCUACAUAGAGUUCUACAGGAAAGGAUUAGCAUCAACGAUAUAGAAAAGGGUCUUUUUUUUGAGAAGGAAAAAGGGGGCAUCCCUGAUAGAUCGCAGUCUGAAUUUCAAUAUCUU